AUGAGCAAUCUGUGGCCAGUAGAUUCCCUUAGGGAGCAAAAAGUUAACAGACCCGCAGCCGACGAACCCAUCACCGGUCACCAAGAACUCAAUUUGACCAUAUGCCAGGGGUUUCUCAAACCACCCUCGGAAACCCCGGGUUUCUACCAGAAAGGGGGGUUUCUGAAUAGUUUUACCCUAUCGGAUGGCCUAGUGCAAUUACUACGCUCAUCAAUCAUCCCCAAGGCAGACUUCACUCUGGCAACCGUCCCAUUUUCUAUGAUUGUCACGUCAUAUUCUACUCCGUUCCUAAAUCCCGUUUUCAACUUGAUCACACUCCAUUGCGUACCAUUGGAAAUUAUCGAGACUCAUACCUCCGACACAGCGGGCCAAACCCCCCUCUUCUGCAUCCACGACGAAGCCCAAUGCUCCACUCCACCUCCUUCCGCUCCGACUACUCCGCCACACAAGGCCCUGGCCCGCGCGAAAUCGUGCGCACAUGGCCAGGCGGUAGGGCAAGGCGUGUUGAUGGGCAUAGCUGGCACGGGCAUAUCCAAAGAUGGUCGUGGACCAGGCAAUGGCAUCUGCCAUCUUGUAGGACUCGAGGUGUCGGUGGUGAAGUAUAUCCCGAGGAGUGUUUUAGAUACGCCUGCGGAGGGGAGGUUGAUGGGGAGGGUUUCGUAUUGGCUGCGUGAUAGGUGA